CUUUCUAAAUCAUUCAGACGUUUGAUUUUGCUUCCUCCCCCUUGAGGACUGAACAUCCAGCAAACUCCCUCUAAAUCUGACAGACUGACUUACUGAAGUCCAGUAACGCUGACCGACACAUCACGAGCGCCGUGUGGACGCCACGAGGGAACGCUUGUGGAUUCUACCUGUAGCAAACAACAUUUCUUGUUUCAAUGCAUUUCUUUCAGGUAUAUAGUAAUGUGGAGACCCCUGUCGUGGAUUCUUUUGAUAGCCAGUUUGCACCAGGCCAGUUCCCACAACUCCACAGACUCUCCUCUUGCGACUACAGAUUUGGACCCUCGUAACCGAAAUCGAUACUGCCAGUGGCCUUGUAAGUGCCCUAAGAAUGCCCCUGUUUGCCCACACGGGGUCAGCCUGUUGACCGAUGGAUGUGACUGCUGCAAGGCCUGUGCCAAGCAGGUGGGGGAGACCUGUAAUGAGAGAGAUACCUGUGACUAUCAUAAAGGACUUUACUGUGACUACAGUGCGGACAAGCCGAGGUACGAAAAGGGAGUGUGUGCAUAUGUUAUGGGAACAGGCUGUGAGUAUAACGGUGUUAUUUACCGUAAUGGCCAAAGCUUCCAACCCAAUUGUAAGUACCGCUGUCUGUGUGUGAAUGGGGCGAUUGGAUGUGUGUCACUUUGCACGAAGUCCCUGCCUCCCCGGGUCUGGUGUCAGUCCCCCAAGCGAGUGAAGAUCCCAGGCCAGUGUUGUGAGAAAUGGAUCUGCGAAGAGCCCCGUAAACCACGUAAGACCAACCCCAGACACGCUCAUGAGGAUGUGUCCCUCAUCACUAAUGAUAUUUGGCCUAAAAAUUGCAUUACCCAGACUACCCCGUGGAGUCCCUGCUCAAAGACCUGUGGGCGGGGCAUAUCACAGCGCAUCUCUAAUGACAACCCUGGCUGUGUGAUGGAGAAAGUGUCUCGACUGUGUAACCUCCGACCCUGUGAGGUGGACAUCACCAAGCACUUUAGACCAGGUAAAAAAUGCCUGAACAUCUACCGUGAACCAGAGUUUCAGAACUUCACCAUCUCAGGCUGCAUCAGUAAGAAGGCGUAUUGGCCCAAAUACUGUGGAGUCUGUAGCGAUGAGCGCUGCUGCAUCCCAUACAAGUCUAAGACCAUCGAGGUGGAGUUUGAGUGUCCAGAUGGUUCAGUUUUUUCUUGGAAAUACAUGUGGAUCAAUGCCUGCUUCUGCAACCUCUCCUGCAGGAAUCCAAAUGAUAUAUUUGCAGAUCUGGAGCAAUACUAUGAGCUCAAUGAGAUUGUUAACUAACUAAUUCACCACAAUCUCUUUUUAUGGCAUCCUUAUAGGCUCACUUUUUUAGUCUGUACAUCACAUUUGACAGUGACAGGGAUGAUGCAUAGCAUAGAAAGGAAUCAUUCACUGUUGAUGAUGAGAUAAUUUCAAAUGAUUUAAGAAUGAACGUCAGCACAAUAACUCAUAUUGAGAUGGCUUGUGGGGGGAACAAUGUUAGUUCAGACUCAAGGACUUUAUGGUACAACAGGAUUUCUGAUGGAUGGAUGGGGACAAAUAUUAAAAGUAAGGAAAUGUUACAUUUAAGAUGUUGACUUCAAAAAAUAUAUAUAAAAAAAUAAUUGCCUGGCUUCGACGAUAAAAUAAAUUCUCCUUAAAGGAAUACACAUCAUCGUUUUUUUUUAAAUAUACAGUACAUUAGGUAAAAUGCUGUUAAAAUACAUUUUUGUAUCUUUGUUAAGUAACAUAUUCUAAAAUACUGAUAAAAGAAGUGACAGUGAUUCCAUUUUUAUUUUGCCAAGUUGCUACUGUUUAUAUUUAAUUCUGGAAAAUGCAAGAAAUGUUUCUUUCUUAUUAAAAGGCAUUUGCUUAUCCUUA